CCCCGCUUUAAAGACACUCUUCUUAAGGAAACUCCCCGCUAUAAAUACACAUUUUUCCCCAGAACAUGAUGCCCCGCAGAUGUACAAUAAUAUAGGGGGGUAGCGUUUCCACUAUGCGGCCCCCCCCAAAAAAUUUGCUGGGACAGCAAAUCUGUAAGGCAUUGUAACAUCGACUGCGGUCUGCUGCAGCCCGCAUUACUGCGUGUGGGUAUGGAGAGAUUCCUCCCAUCUGCUGGCGGGUCGUCAGCUGCCGGCUUGAGGCCAUGUGGCGAACCCACGUGCCAGCAAAAGUCUCAACUCGUGUCAGCGGUUCACCAGUGCCCGUGCGGGCGAUCCAUGCACGCGUUUUGUGGUCGGGGCAUCGGAGAGAAAGGCUACGGACAGCAGAGAGAGUGCUCGGAUUGCCAGAAGAGCAAAGGUGGAGACCAGGCUGGCAGCAGCAGCAGUCCCAUGGAAGUGGUCAAGAAGAUGUCCUUGCCGGAGAGUGCCAAGGACUUGGACGCUAGGUCCAUGCCGCGAGUGUUGUCGGACAACUUGUUCGUCGAGAGCACCUCCGGCCUCACUGAACAAGAAGUGCGGAGCGCAGUGAGCACGUGGCUUAGUGUAGAGGACGAUGAAGAGGUCUUGAGGGAAGAGGUAGAACUCGAGAUGGAAGAGGUAACGGAGAACAUGUCAAGAGUACACGUCGAAGACGACGUGUCCAGUGAAGAGGAAGACCAGGACGGUAGGCAAGAGUCGUGCAUGACAUCUACGAUUUCAGAGGCCGAGGUUCGCUCUCGUCUCGAGGAUGUCCGCUCCUAUUUGUACGCGAACGGAAGAGACGGCGAGUACAGCGAAACGGUGUACCUUCUUUCGAAGACUGUGCAUUCGUUCACUCAUGAAACUCAAGUCAAGCGAAGAACGAAGGAGGGGGGUGAGGUGCAGGCGACUCUUCGGGAUGUGUGGGCGACGUAGUUUUUGGUGUUUGAGGACAACACACUUGGCAGCCCACAUUCAUUGUUUGGGAUUUUUUUGCCUUUCUCGUGGAGUUAAAUUUUGGCAUUUUUUGUUUUGUGUUUUUGCCUCGUGUUGACCUUUGGGGAAGAGCGGUGUUCUCUUUUCGGUGGGUUUGCCCGAUUUUUUGUAUGUUGUGGUCUGCGCUACCGACCGUUUCCUAGUGUCCCUCAGAUCCCUCUAAGGGGUCGACUGGGUUUGUUUGGUCCCUAUGUGGCAGGUAACUUGCGUGUAUCGUAUCAGAGCUAGUUCCAACAAACUGAUGUGUCUCAGGUGUGUUCGCGAUAUCACGGGCAUGAUGUUCACCGUGAGGACAACGCCUUGACAAUAAGAAAAGCCUACAACAACACCAGCGCACACUGCCGUACACAUUACAAUAGGUCGUGCUGUACUCCUUCCCGCGUUUCGGUGGUGGAGGGAAAUUCAAAAAUGUGUACAGUAUUGGAGUACAGCAGCAGUAGUGUUGCGGCCUUCAAUUGACGUGUUGUCGCAGUUUUUAAGCAGCACAACUUCGUGGUCGCAUUCCUGCUUCAAAUGCGCGUAUUUUGACACAUGUUACACCUCCAUUGACCCCGGGGACGGUGAAUUAGUGGCCCCGGAACCCUAAAGACACUUCCCCGCGUUUAAGACACUAAAAAAAAAAACGCGGUGUGUCUUUAAAGCGGGGUCGACUGUAUNGAGCAUCUCGGUAUCGGUACGGAGUGUCAUACCGGCACCGCCGGUAUCGGUACGGACAUCGUACCGAACAUACCGAGCAUCUCGGUACCGGUAUGGACAUCGUACCGAACGUACCGAGAAUCUCGGUACCGGUAUGGACAUCGUACCGAACGUACCGAACAUCUCGGUACCGGUAUGGGCAUCGUACCGGUACCGUACCGUUGAUACCGGCGGUAUUUGUACCGAGCAUCGCUCUACAGCAGUACCUAUUGGUAUUGCCCAUGAAGAAUGUGAAUGUGUGUGUGUGCGCGACAGCAGUAGUGCGACAAAAACAAACAUAUCAUACUCCUGUAGAUAGCAAAUACAAAUAUAGCAACUGGAAUUAGAUUUCCCUGUCAACUUGUUUUUUGCUUUGAGAUGCUUGUUGACGUUGGCGCGGUCGCGGCCUGCGCACGGCACCAUGUGCUUGUUCGAACGGCACAACGGGCUCGCCAAGCAGAAGAAUUUGGCGGCCUUGUCGUUCUUGUCUAUCGGCUCAACGUACACACCGAGCGAGUACAGGAAAGAGGUCUCACGCGCCCCUUCUCUCCGAUACCCCUGCGGCACCACAAAGUCGUCGAGAGCUUUGAGUGUCUCCCCCGGCACUACGUACUCUGUGUCGUUCAUGAAGACAGAAGCAGGCGCUUUCACUGGCACACUGCUGCCGCCUCCAUCACCGUCCACGACUACCUCUGCCUCCGGAGGUGCUGG